UUUAACUGAAUGACAUUUAUUAAAUAACCAAACAGCACAAAUUUAUUUGUUUACAGAAAGGAGCAUGAUCUGUUAAUAUAAGAACAAAAGGUAAAAAUAAAGGAAGAAUUAAAUACUAUACAACAUUAAUAGUGUUUUUGAAUAAUUGUAAAUAUUUUACAAUAUUUCAUAAAAUCUUAAAUAAUAAACUAUAAAAUGGACUAUGUUAUAACGUAACAAAUAAUUACUUUAUUUUUAUAGCAGCCCUAAGUUUAGCAGAACGACUUCGAGGGUUCCUAUCAACUUCUGCUUGGGAUGGUAAAACAACAUGUUUAGUUGUUAACAACCAACUAGUCUGCUUAAUUUCAUUAAUAUCAUUUUUAUCAAAACACGUUGAAUAGCUUACAUAAUUCAAGGGUAUAUCCCCAGCAACAGUAUCAUGGGAACCAGUUAAAUGCCUCUUAACUAUUCUAUCUUCAAGAGAAUGAAAUGAUAGUGUUACUAUUCUGCCAUUCAGCUUCAAAUACCAAUCAGCUAGUACCAUUCCAUAAUUUAUUUCAUUUAAUUCAUUGUUCACAAAUAUUCGCAAAGCUUGAAAAAUUUUUGUAGCAACAUGAGAAGGUCGCUGUAAUUUGUCUAAUCUAUGGUCACUGGAAUUAAUGUUUUCAACUAAUGCAGCUAAAUCAUGAGUGGUUUUUAUCUCUCUAAAAGAGUAUCUAGACUCAAUUACUGCUCUUGCAAUCUUCUUAGCAAGUUUUUCUUCACCAUAAAUUUUAAAUAUUUUAUACAAAUCAUGUUCAUCAGCCUUUAAUAAAACAUCCAAAGCAGUAGGUUGAUCAGGAAACCUAUUUCCAUCCAUUCGCAUAUCCAAAGGCCCACUUUUACUCAGAGAAAAACCUCUUUCAGCAAUAUCCAGCUGAUCGGAUGAGCAACCAAAAUCAAACAAGAUACCAUCUACUGAAUUUUUGUUUAUGUUUAAAUUGUUUAAUAAUUGUGGUAAUUCACUGAAUCUACCAAGACAGGGGAUAAUCUGAUGUGGGAAUUCUUUAGAGAGUUCAACUGCAUUAGAAUAUGCAGAUGGAUCACGAUCCAAACAUAUAACUCUCAAUGAGGGUACAGCUUCUAACAAAGCUUUUGUGUGACCUCCAGAACCAAAUGUCAUAUCAAUAAAUAAAUUAUUUUUAUAAGGGCUUAAAUAAGAUAAUACUUCUUUAACCAUAACAGGAGUGUGGAUUAACCUAACACUUUGAAAUGGUAUUUCAUGGUUUUUCCAGAUUUUUCGAAGAGCCAUAGUGUCUUUUUAAAACUUUUGACAAAAAACUAGAAUUUUCUUCUUUUAAAUAACUUAAAAAGUCAUCUGAAAGAACCCCCCUACAUUGAUCAGCUGUAAGCCCCGUAGCUGAAGAAUUUACUAACCUAUCAUAUGCUUUCUUAUACUGAUUGUCAGCAAUCCUAUUCAAAGAUUCAUAAAUUUUCAAACACCCCUCUUCAUUUUCACAAUCUGGAGAAUCGGGUCUUGUAAAUGUAAUUUUAAUUUGAUCCCUAAUAUGCUGUCCAAGAUCUCUGAAAAAACAAAUAAUGACAACAUGAGAAACUUAAAACGUAAAAAGUAAAACAAACUUUUAAGCUAUAAAAAAAAGUUUUUUAAAUAUAGAGGAAGGGGUGGCGGUCAUAAAUAGACUAAAUUGGGGCAAAACUAUUUUAUUUUAAGCCGUUUCAUUACAACGUAAAUAUAGGUUUCAUUUACAAUCAUUCAUGAGAAAAAAUUAAUCCGCUAAUGUCAGUGAUUUUAUUGAAUACUGGCUGGUUGACCGUGAGAUAUUAUUGAGUAAGGAGAUGGUACUGGGCGGCUGUCAUAAAAAGAGGAAAAUAAUAAAAAAAUAUUUUAUUUAAAAACAAUGAUUCGACUUUGUAGAUUUUCUUCAGGUGAAUAUAUGCAGCAUGGAGUUUCGGUUGAAACUGGGUGUGGAAGAGUUUUAACCGAAACUCCAUCCUGCAUAUAUCCCCCUGAAGAAGACCUACUAAGUCGGGUCAAAACAUUGGCUUUAAAUAAAAUAGUUUUUUUACUAUUUUUAUGACCGUCACCCAAGACCAUCUCCUUACUCAUCAGUGAUUUUAUUUUUAUUUAUAAUAGGUAAUGUAUUUUGAAAAGUUUUUAAUAAAAGGUAAUUUUAAUUGUAGAAAUAUUAAUUAGUAUAGUAACAAGUAACUCAACAACUUACAGCAAGGUUAAAACUUCAUAAAACCACUCUAUUCUUAGACAUGACUGGUUGUCUAAUAUAUAUUAUAUAUUAUAGUAUUUUAUAAUAUCUCUAAUGUUUAUUAAGGACCUAAUAAAUAAAUUAUUCCAUUGAUUUAAUUUACGUAGAUUAACAAAAUUAUCUAUCUCAUAAAUGUAAACAAAAAUUAUUAUUUGUACUAAACAGAAUAUCAAUUCACAGUUAUAAAACAAAUAACUGAUAAUUGAAUAUAAAUUGAUUAAAUUAUCUGCAAGGUUUCAUUAAGGAUUUCUUUGUUUUUGUAUUCAUUUGCCUCCACCCCUAAGGGUUGUUGGUUUAUUAAAAUAAGUUACAAUUGUUAUAUUCUGCUGUAAAAUUUCGUUUUUCUUGAAUAAUUAAAAAGUUGUUUAGUUUUUUCAUCAUAAUAUUGGAAGAUUACUUCUACUGUUACUCCCAUUUUUAAGUUUUUCCUUAGAAUAGAGAAUGUGUCUGUGGCCUCAUGAGUAUCUUGGUACUGAGCUGAGUUGGUAGCAGAAUCAGCUCUCUUAUUACCAAAGAAACCAAAAUGCAAGGCUACCCAAAUGAGGACUAGUUCUUUAUUUUCUCAUGUUAAUACACAAUAUAAAUUAAAGAUUUAUUUUUAAUAACAGGUAAUAAAUAAAUAAAGACACUGUUGUGAAUAAAUGCAUUACUUAACACGUUAGCUACAGUUACGGUCCCCGGCAUCCGAUAGCUUUACAUCAGAUGUAAGGAUUAUUUACGUUUGUAUUUAUCUUUACAUCUAUACAAUCCCAAUUCAAAUGUUUUCAAAAAUGGCCAUUUUAGAGACUUUGUAAGAUAGGCAAAAUUCAAAACAAUCCCGGCCAAAAUUGAGAAUAUCGGAAAUAUAAAAUAGACGAAUAUCGGAACCCAGGAACCAUAGCUGCAGCAAACAUGUUAAUCAAGUAGGUAUGAAUGUGUUUAAGAACAAUUUAUAUUUUUGAAGUGUAUAUUUUUACUUGUUAUAUUAUUAUUAUUUGUUAUCAUUAUCAUACUUAUUUUUUUAUUUAAUACAUUUGUUAUAAUUUGUUUCUAUUUUGUAUGCAUGUAUUAUAUGAAUAAACACUUGUUGCCCUUUAAUGUGGCAGAUGGUAUUAUUAUUCAAUAAAUUAGUAUAUAUAAAAAAAAACUUAAUCAAUCAAUUAAUUAAAAACUAAAUCCACUAAACAAUAGAAGCGAGAACAAAACCUCAUCAGGAUAAUAAUAAGCAGGAUCAUAGGACAAUAAUAAAAAAAUAAAUUACAUUUCUUGAGUGAUUCUGGAUUUUUAAAUGCAUAAUAUAAAAAAACAUAUUAAUUUGGAUAUUUUAUUAACUUCUCAAUGCAAAUACAAAAAUAUUUUAUAAAUUUAACAUAGCUAUAAAAUUUACUUCAAACCAGACAAAUUAAGUUUCAACUGCUUGAAACUAAGUACAAUUUUUUGAAUCCCACAUACUAAUAACUAACAUAAAAGCCACUGUCAGUUUCUUUGAAGUCACUCUACUGCCAUUAGUACGGCUGUUCAAUUGAUCCAAUUUUUCAGAAUACUCAUUUCUGCCAAGAAACACAUCUGCUAAAUAUUAUAUUAAAUUUUUUACUAUUCUAUACCCUGCUAACAUGUCCCAUUUGUAAUUUUUAUAAAUUGUGAAUAUCUGGUUGCUAUGAUCUACAUAAUAUAGUUUACCUAAGGAAUAAGUAUUACCAAAAUCGUUUGCAACAAAUGAUAACAUUACAAAAUAAAUAAAUAGUGAUGUAAGAUUAUUUGAGUGUUAAAACUAGCAUGACAUAUUUCGCUGUCAUUGGACUGUUUACUAAAAUGCCUUUAUAGUCGUUUUCCAUGUAUUACGUCCUCACUUUUUAAAAUUAUCCUAUCAAAAUAAGAAAGGAAACUUGAAAUAACUAAGAAAUAAUCAUAUCUAAAUAAGAUUUUUUUUAUUUAAGAAUGGAAUGCCAAAUGAAAGGAUGUUUCUAAAACAUUCCAAAUAUUUGUAAUUAAAUAAACCUUCAGAUUAUACGUUUAAUAAAUACGUUUCAAAAAAAAAAAACUUUGAUGACUAUUUAUACAUUUUUUUGUAAGUACUUUAAGAAUUUUUUUUUUUUUUACUAUAAAAAUAUUUUUGUUUUCAAUAUGUACAGUACAUCGAUAUAUGUUAUAUUACUGUUUAGAAUUUAAAGUUAAUUUCAUUUUGAAAAUUAUUAACUUUUACAUUAUUUAAGUUAUGUAAUAUUAUAAAGUGCACUUAUAUAAUAACGCACCACAGUUUGUUUUGUAGUUUCUGUCCAGCAAAUUAAGUUUGAGUUUUAAUAAUAUUUUUUUUUUUUAUAAGCCCAUGUUAGUUUCAUAGGUAAAAAAGUUAAAAGUAAAAUUUCUUUUUUGUAUUAAACCAAAUGAACUCUAAUAUUAACAGAUACAUAUUUUAGUGAGAUCUAUAUUGAGUUUUUAAGCAACUUUUCUCUGAGGAAUCUUCAAAUCCUAAUCAUAUUUUAGGAUUAUAUACUAGAAAAAUGUAUGAUAAUAAAAAAAGAAACAGGUUAAUUUUAAGGAAGAUUAGCUAAACUGGUUGCAUUUAAAGGUAUUUGGUGUGCGAAGGUGUUAGUUUUCAAUUAUAUGUAAGUUUUUUAAAUCUAAAUUUAUUUUUCUGACCACAUUUCUGUACAAGAUGCGAUGAAAAUCAAAAGACAAAACCAAUUUUAUUUACUAAUCAUAAGUAAUAUUUAAAAUUAAAAUAAAAUAUACUUUAAUAUGGUAGGACAUGGAACGAAUCUGAAAAUCUAAGUCUCUUCUACCUAUUAUUAGAGUAAUCCUGAUAAGUUUAUCACAACUUCCAACUACCAUCACUAUCAAAAUUACAAUAUUUUUUUUUUUUUUAAUAUGAUAUAAUUGUGUACAGAUUAUUGAUAAAUUUCAAAUGUUUAAUAUAUUUUGUUCAAACAUCUAAAUUAUAAAAUACUUAGUUUCCCCGCAGAAUAAAUUAUCCAUUGAAUGUUAUAACAUCCUCAAAUUAAUUAUUUGAUAUAAAUACACUUGGACUUAGAUUCGAUCCAUUCCGAUAAGUGAAAAGUACUUAACAAAGGAAAUAAAUAUUGAAAAAGUAACUUAAAACAUUUAAGUUUUGAAUAACAAUUGUAAUAAAAUUGUCACAGCAAUAAUUUAUUUAAUAAAAUUAAAUCACUUCAUGUUAAAUAGAGAUCACAGAUUGAAAAUAAUAUGUGAAACAACUCAUAAGAACUUAAAACAAUAACAAAAAUUAUACACAAGAUACUGCAAUCAUAUCAACAUUACCUGUCAAACUAACCACCAAAAACAGAUUAAGUUACGAAUUAUGAAUAUAAUAACACCAAUAUCAUAGAAAAUUCCCUUUCCUGCAGUUACUAUUCAGCUUACAAAAACUGUUCAGUUUCUGGGCGAAUUUUAAUAACUUAAACACAAAACAAAUAAAAUUUCCAUAACAAGCAGUUACCAUAACCAGUAACAAACCUAGAUUUUUUGGAUGGGUCGACAGGCCACUUUUCUAAUAACCGCAUAUACUUUCUGUAAACUUGAGCCAUGAAGAAAAAUUUAUCAAAAUACUACAUAGUAAAACCAUGCUGGGAGGUUUCAUUAUCUUAGUAGAUCCAAUUGUAUGAAUUGGAUAUUCAUUGAUACGUUUCUCUUAUCAAAAUCGUAAAUUUACUCGAUCAACAAUAGGUUAUUUAAUAAAGUACUGUUACUUACCAGUUACUAAUUACAUUAAGGUUUUUUAGUUACCAUUAGCAUAAUUUUGCCAUCAGCUGCUUGAUCUAUUUAAACGGCCGCCGUAUUUUUACCUUCUCUCCUUUUACUACACAGAGACCCACAUUCGCCAGUCAAAUUAAUGAAGUGCAUAGUUCUAUUGUAAUGGCUGGAUUAUUCAAUUUCCCUGUAAAAUUAACUCCUAAGAAUUUAAUCAGUAUAACUCGUCGUUUACAUAAUCUCCAUAAUAAAAAGAUAUUAGCGGCAAUCCAACCCCAUUCAGACGUAGGAAUUGUAUAUGAUAGAAGAUCUGUAAUAAAUACAGCUAGGACUAAUGGAGCAUUUACACCAUUCUUCAAUGUUCAAAAAAGAGAAUUCAGGACUUCACUUACACUUCAUGAAGAUAAGAUCGUUAUUGUUCCUCCAUUCCCAGAAUCAGUGGCAGAAGGUGAUUUAAAGUGGGAAAAAAAUGUUGGAGACAGUGUUUCCACUGAUGAAGUAGUUUGUGAAAUAGAAACAGACAAGACUUCUAUUCCCGUUCCUUCACCAGGCAAUGGGGUGAUUGUUGAAAGAUAUGUAGAAGAUAAUUCAACAGUAAAGGCUGGACAAAAGUUAUUUAAAGUACAAUUAGGUGGAGGUGGUGCCCCAUCUCCCAAGCCUACAGCUAAGCCUGCAGCUGAAAAAGCAGCCCCACCCCCUCAACCUUCAGCAGGUGCACCUGCUGCAGCCCCUCCACCACCUACUAAAGCAGCUCCUCCAUCUGCUCCACCAACUGCACCACCACCCAUUAGGCCACCCAUGCCUGUUGCUGCUAUAAAGCAUGCCCAAGCAGUUGAAGCUGCAGUUGUUAAAGUUCCUCCAGAAGAUCCUACACAUGAAAUUUCAGGUACCAGGAGCGAAUAUAGAGUGAAAAUGAAUAGAAUGAGGCAAAGAAUAGCACAGCGCUUGAAAGAAGCUCAGAAUGUAAAUGCUAUGCUUACAACAUUUAAUGAAAUAGAUAUGAGUGCUAUAAUGGAGUUCCGAAAAAUACAUCAAGAGGCUUUUACAAAGAAGCAUGGUAUUAAAUUAGGUUUUAUGUCUGCAUUCGUAAAAGCUGCAGCAUAUGCCCUUCAAGAUCAGCCUGUAGUUAAUGCAGUUAUCGAGGAAAAUGAAAUUGUUUAUAGAGAUUAUAUUGAUAUUUCUGUUGCUGUUGCAACUCCUAAGGGUUUAGUGGUACCUGUUGUAAGAAAUGUUGGAUCUAUGAAUUACGCUGAUAUUGAAAAGGCUAUUUUUGCUCUUGGUGAAAAAGCAAGAACAGGGAAAUUAGCUGUUGAGGACAUGGAUGGAGGUACAUUUACUAUCAGCAAUGGAGGAGUUUUUGGUUCUUUAAUGGGAACACCAAUCAUAAAUCCUCCUCAGUCUGCUAUUUUAGGAAUGCAUGGUACAUUUGAAAGACCCGUCGCAAUUAAAGGACAGGUUGUAAUUAAACCAAUGAUGUACAUAGCACUUACUUAUGAUCAUCGAUUGAUUGAUGGUCGUGAAGCCGUAUUAUUCCUUCGUAAGAUAAAGGCUGCAGUUGAAGAUCCACGAAUAAUCGUUGCUGGAAUAUAAGCAAAGAACAUUCACUGAACCCUAGAAUCAUAGUAUUCGUUAAAAUUAUUAUUUAUUUUUAAGUAAACCAUAUUAACUUUCCAACUUCUAAUGUACAUAUUGACAUUACAAAGCCCUGUGACACUUCUUUUCAUGUAUUUAUUUGUUAUUAAAUUUGUACAUAAAUUGUUUAAUGUAUAAAUUCCCAUAUUAUUUUCAGUUAAAAUUGAUUUACGCUUCUUAUAUAGUCAAAUAAUUUUUCAUUCCGAAAAAUUGUAUGAAUAUUAAAAUACGAGAAUUUUGUUACCAUUUUGUGUAUACAUUAUUUAUUGAACCUUGUUCCAUAGAUCAUUACUUUAUUUCAUUUAAAUUAUUUACUUGUAAAAUAAAAAAAAAUUGUAAAACCUGUUACGAAACAUUAAAUUUUUUUAGUUAGCCAUAAUUUUAAAAAGUUGUAUGUAAUAUAUACAUAAAAUUAAAUGAAUGCAAAUUUGUAAUUGUUUAGCACAAUUCAAAUAAAUCAUUUGAUUAUCAUUAAUUUUC